AUGAUAAUAGACGACACAACUCUGUUCCACCUAGACCACCCCCACCUCGCCUCGCCGCGCUGCUGCGCCUCUCCUCGCUGCGCCGUGUAUUGCUGCUCCUCGCCUCGCCUCGCCGUCGAUUGCUGCGUCUCGACUCGCCAUCGAUUGCUGCCACCCAUUGUCGUAAUAAAUUUGGUUAUGCAAAAAAAUUAUGAAGUUCUAUUAGUAAGUCAGUUUACAUUAUAUGGGGUAUUAAAAGGAAACAAACCUGAUUUUCAUGUGGCGAUGCCCCCCGCUGCAGCUAAAUCAUUCUAUGCUUCUCUAGUUGAAAGAUUUCAGAAAGCUUACGGUGCAGAUGCAGUUAAAGAUGGCCUAUUUGGAGCAAUGAUGACAGUUAACUUGGUGAAUGAUGGACCGGUGACAAUGCAGCUCGAAUCAAGGGAAUCAUAAGAAUACAAAUGGUGAUGACAGAAGAAAUAUCUGAGACCAUAUAUUUCAAGAUUCAUACUUUCAAGUCUGGUUAACUCAUCUGAAUAGUGGGUGUAUUAAAACUGAAAAAAAAAGAAAUAUGUCUCGUUAGUGUUAUGAUCAGAGCAAAUUGAUAAUAUUGUCGUAUUGAUUACUGAAUUUCGAGUGUUGAAAUUUCUAAAAUGUACUUGGAUAGUAUUGGUUAAGCCUAAGCAGGGAACAUUAUUUUGAGUUUUUUGGGGUGUAUUCGCACUUUUUUACUACUCCCUGCUGACUGUCGGUUGUAUAGGCUGUUUAAAAAGCUUUCCAUCAUAAUAUUCUUCAUUACAGUGAUGUUUAUUGUCGUAAUAAAUUCGGUACUAUCUCUUUGUUCUUUCAUCCACUUUUAUGUUAAAGACAUAAAAUUGUGAUGUAUUUACUGCAGCUUAUUUAGAAAUGCCUACCAUGUGGCAAUUUAUAGAAAAAAAGACUAAAUAUGUAAUUUAAUUUCUGGGUAUCCUGCAGGAUGCUGCUGCAUGGCUGAGUAUUUUGAGUCAAAAGCAUUGGAACAGCAAGAAGCAGCACGCAAUGGAACCCCAAAACCAGAUGCAUCUAUUGCCAGCAAAAGUCAUUUGAGUGUGUCAGAUCUCCUUGAUUAUAUUAGUCCUGAUCAGGACUCAAAGGCCAUGGAUGCUCAGAGGAAACGACGCCUUAAGGCUAUUCAAGUCGGUGAUAAAUCCCCUAGAGGAAAAGAAUGAGGACCCUAUUAUUAUUGGAAGUGUCAAAAUAAGUGCUGUAGUGGAGGAAAGUAGCCGUGAACCGGACAAGGAAGAUAAUAAAUCCUCUGAAGAACUUGUCAAGGUUGCUGAAACCAGAUAUGAUCGUCCACCUUCAGACCAACUCAUCCUAGAAGGAAAGUCAGAAGAAGGGUGGCAGGAAACGGUACUACAAGAAAGAGUUCAACAGAAAGAAUCCAGAUCUUGCCAAGUUAAAGGUUAAUUCGGACGUCGGUUACAGAAAGGAGGCUGUUUCUCAGGGGCAUAAGGUCGCACUUAAGACUGUUUUUGCUGAAGCAUCUCUAACAAAACAACGUCCACUUUUAUGUUAAAGACAUAAAAUUAAUGACGAGGGUAAAAAUACAUAUCUUUGAUGUAGAAUGUUUGUAUGAUGGAUACUUUUUCAAUGUAGGAUGAUAAAGAAUAUUUGAAAUUAAUGAAUGGCAUUUUUAUUA